UGCUUUGGCCGUCGAGCUCCGCACCGAACAGCUCUCUGUCAAGCAACGAAAAAAUGAAGUCGAUGAUUACAUUGGUCUCCCUGGCCUUUAUGGCUGCUGUUGCGUCGGCUGGCUUCCUUGGUGGUGGCUACGGCGGUUACGGUGGGUACGGCGGAUACGGAGGCGGCUACGGAGGGUACGGAGGUGGCUACGGAGGAUACGGAGGUGGCUACGGCGGCUAUCCAGCUGGUCGGGCUUUCUCCUACUCCACGCACAUUCAGCACCCAGCAUCGUAUGGAGGCUACGGUGGAUACGGUGGAUAUGGUGGAUACGGCGGCUACGGAGGGUACGGAGGUGGCUACGGAGGAUACGGAGGUGGCUACGGCGGCUAUCCAGCUGGUCGGGCUUUCUCCUACUCCACGCACAUUCAGCACCCAGCAUCGUAUGGAGGCUACGGUGGAUACGGUGGAUAUGGUGGAUACGGUGGCCGCGGCGGCUAUGGAGGCUAUGGCGGAUACGGAGGCUACGGGCAUGGGCUUGGUCAGGGCUACGGACACGGCUACGGUCACGGCCAUGGAUAUCACGGCUGA